AUGGCGGGUGAAAUCGAAAGCUGUGUCGAAGAAACGUCGUGUGGAGUCAGUUUAAGGCAGAUUCGAGAUCGUGUUCGGCAAUAUAUUGAUAAGCAUCAAUAUGAAUCAGCUGUGUUUUGGGCUGACAAAGCAGUUUCUUUAUCCGCUGGGGCUGUUGAUGACGUUUAUUGGUAUGCUCAGUCUCUCUACCUCACUGGACAAUACCAUCGUGCCUCUCAUCUUUUGCGUAGUAGAAAACUAGACAAGAGUCAUGCAGAAUGUCGGUAUCUUGCUGCCCGGUGUCAUUACAAGUGCAAAGAAUGGCAAGUUGCCCUUAAUGUUCUCAACCUGAACGAGAACAAUACGGCCAAUUCCAAAUUAUUCUUGGGCAAAAGUUUAAGUCAAAAUGUGGUGGAAACAGAUCGAUCUUCCUCAGCACAAAAUAUUGAAAGUUCCAUUAACCUGUUACGAGGCAAAAUCUACGAAGCCAUGGACAACCGUAUUCUUGCCACAGACUAUUACCGUGAAGCUCUCAAUCAAGAUAUUUAUUGCUUUGAGGCAUUUGAUCGCCUUGUGGCUCAUCACAUGUUGUCUGCUGAAGAAGAGAAACACUUGUUAGAAUCUUUGCCUUAUAAUAACCAAUGUCCCGUGGAAGAACGAGAACUUGUCAAGUUUCUUUAUGAAAACAGAUUGAAAAAGUACAAUAAACCUGGCCAAGUUGAAAUCCCUCCCCAAUUGGACAUCCUCAGUACGAAUCUAGAUGUUGAAGUCAAUUUGGCUGAGAGACAUUACUAUAACUGUGACUUCCUCCACAUUUGUGCUGAACAAAUAAAAUUUGAAUUUUGUUUUUCUCUUCUCAUCCUCUUCCUCUCCACCUCUUCUCCUCUCUUUUUUUCUUCUCUCUCGCUUUUUUCUUCUCUCUCUCUUUCUCUCUCUCUCUCUCUCCUCUUUUCUUCUCUCUCUCUCUCCUUCUCUCUCUCUCCUUCUUCUCUCUCUCUCUCUUCUCUUUCUCUCUCUCUCCUUCUCUCUCUCUCUUCUCUCUCUCUCUCUCUCUCUCUCUCCUCUCUCUCCUUCUCCCUCUCUCUCUCUCUCUCUCUCCUUCUCUCCUUCUCUCUCUCUCUCCUUCUUCUCUCUCUCUCCUUCUCUCUCUCUCUUCUCUCUCCUCUCUCUCUCUCUCUCUCUCUCUCUCUCUCCUCUCUCUCUCUCUCUCUCUCUCUCUCUCUCUCUCUCUCUCUCCUCUCUCUCUCUCCUUCUCUCUCUCUCUCUCCUUCUCUCUCUCUCUCUCCUUCUCUCUCUUUUUUCUUCUCUACCCUCCUCUCCCCAUCCUUGAAUUAA